AUGUCCUCCCAAUUCUUGCAGACAGAACUUGCCAAUCUCAUUCAAGAGUGUAGACGAAAGAAUGCGGACCUGCGAAAUGCUGCCGAGCAGUCACUGAAUGAACUAAAGGCCCUCCCCUCGACGUCUGAGAUUCAAAUAGCAGCAGACCUUGUCCGGAAACCCAAGUUUGUUGAACCAUUUAUCAUCGCAUGUCAUACACAUCACCCAAAGAUCGCAGGAAUUGGUGUCAUUUGCUUGCAGCGGCUUAUUGCAUCUCGAGCAUUACCCUCUCACCGCUUGAAAGACGUCCUUGCAGGGCUAAGGGAGACAGCGAGCUUGAGCCUUGAUAUUCAACUCAAGAUUCUACAGUCGCUACCUUCACUUUUGCAGUACUACUCCAAUGAACUUACUGGGGAACUCCUCGCAAACACAUUAGAGCUAUGUGCGACUCUACAGGCGAGCAAAACGAUUGCAGUAAGCAGUACUGCGGCUGCUACCCUCCAGCAGUUGGUGGUCUCAACUUUUGAAAGAGUUUUCGAUGAGGACAAACUAUCGAGUAAUGCUAAAUCCACCACAACUGUUCAAGUUGAUGGUCAACCUGUGCCACUGGGACGGUUUGCAUAUGAUGCUUCGCAGGUCUUGGAUGACCUUUGUCGGAUCAUUGAUGAGGAUCAAUUGCAGUUUCUACGUACCAAAACGCUAUCACCGACUUUUGUUCUAGAACUUAUUGAGAGUGUCCUGCUUAGCAGUGGCCGUCUUUUCGCGGGGCAUCCCGAAUUGUCACAAAUCCUACGAACUCGGUUAUUGCCAUUGUCUGUGCGGUGUUUAUCAGAAAGACGAUCGUUUUCACAAACAGUUCGAGUUUCUCGCAUCCUGCUUGUGCUUCUUAAACAACAUUUGUCUCUUCUGCCUGCCGAGUGUGAGAUGGCUCUUGGUCUACUGACCCAUCUUCUCGAACCCGAUGGAACAUCGCCCUGGAAACGGGUGCUGUGCAUGGAGGUUUUCCGAGGUCUCUACAUUGAGCCAGGUGUUGUUCGUCAGAUCUACUCUUUGUUUGACGGAAAGGAGGGUAGAAAGAACGUUCUUCGUGAUCAUAUGGCCGCUCUUGUCAAGCUAGCUUCCGAGAAACCAGCAUUGAUCGGUGUCAGCAAUCAGUCAACCAUACCUUUCCGUGUCGAGUAUGCGCAAUCCGCCACUGAGGAUCAAAUUGCUCUCGAGACAGGCGGUGUUGCAGGUGUUAUUGGAUCAUCAACUCCCUUAACCGAGGCUAAUGUGCCUGGAAUCAGCAGCCAAUGGAGCGUUGUUCGUACGCCGUAUAUUGAGCUCCUCGACAAAGCAGAGCCUGCACUCCCCCCAGAUACUUAUAUCUACAGCCUUGUUCUUAACUGCAUCAGUAAUUUUGCAGAAGGUCUAGCGAAGUUUGUUCUCCCACUCACAGUCCCAGAUCUGAAACACAAACGGAAAAAUCGAGUCAUGAACAAAGAACAGACUGAAUUUGCCAGGUCUUCUCAGGACCUUCCGUCACCAGAUGGAAGACUGAAAUUUGCUUCUUUACCAAAUAACUCAUCCGUGCCCAUGAAUCCUCUAGAUCUUCAGUCUCACGUACAAUACCCUGCCAUCAAGGCAUGCGCGGGAAUUAUUGACAGCUGCUGGCCCGCCGUUCUUGCCACAUGCUCCACAUUUUUAAAUGCCUCUCUAGAUGAAGAGUUCUACCACAAUUUGGUCCGAGCAUUUCAAAAGUUGGCCCACACAGCAGGCCUUCUCAGAUUAUCUGUGCCUCGUGAUGCCUUCCUUACGACCCUCGGUAAAGCUGCUAUUCCUGCCAGCUCAGGAAGCACAAGAGCACAGGCCCUGUCCAGUUCGGCGACAGGAAGUCACGCGAAUGAAACUUCUCAAAGUAAGCGGAAAAGCGCAGAUUUAUCAGGAUAUAAUCCAUCGCUCAUGGAUUCCCCUGGCUCAUCGUUGAGUACGAGGAAUCUCCUUUGUUUGCGGGCUUUGGUCAACCUUGGGAUCGCACUGGGACCAACCCUUGAUCAGCCGGCCUGGUCCAUCCUACUAGAAACACUGCAGUAUACUGGUCUAGUGAUUGGAAGCUCAUCUAGUGCAAUGGUCAAGUCCGCCAGCGGCUUAAGUGAAAAUACGAGCGUCUCAGGCAAUGAUGUCCCUACGGCAAAUCUGGGCUCAGAGGUCAUUGCGGUGCAAGCAGCUUCGACGAAACUGUUUGAAAGCACGAGCGAUUAUCCUAGUGAUUCAUUCCAAGACAUUUUACUUGCACUUCUAGGUCUUUCUGAGUUUACAGAACGAAAAUGUCAACAAGCAGCCCAAGAAGUUCCCGAAACACCUAACUCAUCAAAAGCAUCUCGCAACUCUGGGCGUAUGCAUCAAAAUGCCCGGCGAGUGUCACAUACCGUGGGCAAGUCAAGAAUGCAGGAUGAGGAGCUGAAAUUCGUUCUAGAGAAGGGAAACGCAUUAGCUCAGGCAAACCUCGAGAGAUUGUCAUCCCUCGACCAAGUCGAUAGCAGAGCUUGGCAACUUUUGACUCAAACCCUCAUUUCAAUAUCGACAAACACAUUAAUCAGUCCAAAUCUUCGCCUGCAAGCCAACGAGAUUCUUAAUUCUUUAGUAUUCUCGACGAUGAAGCCCAGAGACGGGAACGAUGAAAAGACGCAGAAUGAACUACAGACGAGGAACCUGCAGACUCUCAAAGACCAGGUGAUCUCGUUGUAUUCAUCAGAAAUGGUGAAUUCAAAGUCGCUACCAAUCACUGUCGUUGAGAUCCAUGAGCAAAGCUUGGAGGUACUCCAAAAAAUCCUGGAGCAGUAUGCAGAAACAUUUGUUGAUGGGUGGAAUCUCACCUUUGAUUUGAUAUCAGGUGUCUUUCAGGGUGUAACAGAGGUAGAAAGAGGAGAUCACAUUACUAUAACGACUGAGCGCAGGACGUCUGCACUUCCUGCUGGGCCUCGCCUAGUCCGUGCUGCCUACAAAUCGCUGCAUCUCGUGGCCUCUGACUUUCUCACGCUACUUCCUGCAUCCUGUCUUCUGAGCCUAGUAAACUCGUUCUCCAGUUUUGCUUCACAAAUGCAGGAUUUCAACAUCUCCCUAACAACUACUUCAUUUUUCUGGAAUGUGUCCGACUUUCUCCAGGGCCAGAUUGAGGAAUUUUCUAUCGAGAGUCACGUUGAUGCUUCGGUCAGUGAGGAGGACCUAAUAAGCCUUUCUAAAGACAAGGAUGCAUCCGUUUCAAGGAACUCGCUCUGGCUUCUAUUGCUGCUUCGUAUCGUUGAUAUUACAACGGAUACACGAUCAGAAAUUCGAAACAGCGCGAUUCACACCCUGUUGAGAAUUUUUGAUGCAUAUGGCCAGCAUCUUUCUCCAAAUGCAUGGCAAUUAUGCCUCAACAGAGUUUUGUUCCAAAUGGUUAAAGAUAUCGAAAGCGCUAUACAACAAACUAAAAUGCAACAGAGUAGCGAGCUCAAAUUGUGGAUCGAGACGACAGUCAUCAUGAUCAAUGGAGUCUGUAAUCUGAUCAAGAAUUUCUUCGAUACUAUUGCGCGCGAUGAGAAGUUCGAUGAUUCAUGGUCCCGACUCUUAAACUACCUUAAACAGCUGGUGGACUUGCAUGUUUUGGAAUUGAGCGAGGCAAUCUUCGUCAGCCUUUCGACAAUUUUGAUUCGAGUGCAGUCAUCCAGUCAGUUGAGCAAGAAGGCGCUUCGAUGUUCCUGGGAUCUAUGGGCUAAUGGCCACCCUGCUAGUGACGAGAACGAACUCAAGCUGGACCGGCCCAAUCAAGAAGCUGCAUUAGCCCAUUUAAAGGCAUUCCAGCAGGUAUACCGUCUCUACAAGGACGACUUGACAACAGAACACAUUGAUCAGGUUCUUCGUCAUGUGCGUCUGCUUGUGUGGAACUCGGUCUCUUCUUCCUACUCUCCAGAUAUCGACCGUCCCUCCGCCUUGCAAGCAUUGGUCGUAGACUGUCUUAAAACUCUCUGCUUGGAAAAAGAAGAGUCUCAAGCUUCUAUUCUCUUAUGUCUAGCAGAUCUGUCAGCCUCGGCACUUUUGAAUUGGACCACCAGAAGCGACUCGAGGCGACCAGCCUUUGUUGCAUUCUCAAAGAAGGUUGUUGAUCUUAUUAGCUGGUACAUAUCCGACUUCGGUAUAAAACAAGACAUCUUCACCAACGGUGCGCUCUCAAUCGCUCUUGACCGUCUUGUUGUGCCAAUUGUACAAAAAUACACUUGGCAAGGCAAUGAUCGCGAGCCAUUUUUAUGGCAGAAGGCUACAGAUGCGCUCCUGAAUGUACUCCAAGUUUCAGUCCCCUAUGUUGAGAAGCAGUACACCCAAUCAAACGAGGCAGAGAUCACACGCUUCUGGAAGUGUGUCGUGGAUGCCACUUACGGCAUUGUCUCCGCCCAUGGCUUCCAUGCCCAGCAGCUCUCAAGCGCACGGGUCUCGGCCGACGAGACUUUUGAUAUUGCAGCAUUUAAACGCCUUAAGACGCUGAUUCUUCCCUCCCUUGGAGCGUCAUCCAUUCCCAGCUCGGUCCGCCGCGACUUCGCCUGUGCAAUAUUUAAUCCAUCCUUCAUCUAUCCUCCGCAACGUUUCGACCUUCCUCCUACUCCUAUCGAGAAAGACCCCCUUCAGGAAUUUUACAGAAUUCGUUCAGGCCGUACCUUUGACCCACCUCCAACACUGCGUCCAAGAAUGGCAUACCUACUCAAGGACACCCUAUUCGAGCUCGCGGCAAGUCCCAGCUCUGAGGAUUCUACUCCUAACCCAAAGACUUUACUUGCGCAGUCUAUCUCCCCCUACCUCCUUCUCCGCUGUUCCAUCUCCCUCAAAUCAUACAUUGCCGACCAGCCCCUCCGUGGUCUGAUGCCUCAACCCACACUUGCACGCAAUUCUCUCUUGCAUCUUCUGGCACAUAUGGUUGAGCUUCAAACUGAGCCCUCUGUUAUUCCAGAUUCACCUGCUAUCAAGACUGUUCCGGCUGCCAUCAGCUCAGAUGAUGAUUCUCUGCGUCAUCGCCGCAAGCACCUUGAAUGGCUUUAUCCCCUCGUGGUAAAGGCCGUCCAAGUAGCCGGUAAGGAACGCGAUGAUGGGCAAGUUCUCGUGUCUCUCGGCAAAGUGUUACAAGAAAUAGGACUUUUUGAGUAA